CUUCUCUGCAACUCAGAGCAGCGACUACCAGGAUCACCUUGAGAAGAGGAUGAUUCCCAACAAAGCGUGGAUGCUAGGGGUUCUUGCCGUGAUGGCCAUGAUGACCCUGGGCAGAGCUGAAGACAUUGAAGCUGACCACGUUGCUUCCUACGGUGUAAACGUCUACCAGACUUACGAUUCGUCUGGCCAGUACACCCACGAAUUUGAUGGAGACGAGGAGUUCUAUGUGGACCUGAAAAAGAAGGAGACUGUCUGGAGCCUGCCUGUGUUUAGUCACUUCACAAGUUUUGACCCACAGGGUGCACUGGGAAACAUAGCCGCAAUGGCACAAGGCUUGGACAUCUUGAUUAAACGUUUCAAUUAUACAGCUGCUGUCAAUGAAAUUCCAGAGGUGACUGUGUUUCCCAAGUCCCCUGUGAGGCUGGGGCAGCCCAACACCCUCAUCUGCUUUGUGGACAACAUCUUUCCUCCUGUGACCAACAUCUCAUGGUUGAUCAAUGGGCGUUCAGUCACAGAAGGUGUUUCUGAGACCAGCUUCCUCUCCAAGAGUGAUCAUGCCUUCUCAAAAAUGGGCUACCUCACCUUCCUCCCUACUGCUGAUGAUAUUUAUGACUGCAGAGUGGAGCACUGGGGUCUGGAGAAGCCACUUCUGAAACACUGGGAACCCAAGAUCCCAGUCCCCAUGUCAGAGCUGACGGAGACCGUGGUCUGUGCCCUGGGGUUGGCUAUUGGCCUUGGGGGCAUCAUAGUAGGCACCAUCUUCAUCAUCCAAGGAUUGCGCACAGGUGGCACCUCCAGACAGCAAGGGCCCUUGUGAAUCACACCCAGGAAGGGAAGGAAUGCUGCCUUUCUCUGAGAGCAGAAAUUGGAUAUCUGAAUGACUCAGCACUAUUUGCUGGCCUAGUUCAUCAUAUUCCUUCUCUCCUCCAGAAACUGUUCUUCUCAGAUCUUCCACAUCCACCCAGAGUUUAUAUAAUGCUUAGAAUUCUCCCCCUCAAUUUUGUUUCUCCAAUUGUUAUCUAGCAUUAAGAUCCCAAGGGUAUUCCAUCCAGUUACAUAAUGCCUUAGUGACCAUGACCUUGUAUCUCCAUGGAAGCAAUUUUUCCCAGAUUUUUAUUACAGGUUUUACUAAGGCUGUGGCUAACAAUAGGUAUUAGUCCACUUUCAUUACUUAAACUAAAAGGCCUGAAAAACACUUCUUGGAAAGAAAGGUUUUAUCAACUUGCAGUUUGGAUGUCACAGUUUAACACCAGGUGCCUCAUAGCCUGGCAUCUAGUGGAGGCUAGCAAUGAAGGAGGUAGAAGUAGAGAGUGGACCAUAUGGUAAUCAAGAAAGAGAAGAGUCAGCUCAAACUCAGGCAACCACUUGAAGAACUAUCCCCAAGAAGCACAUGCCCCAGUGGCGCAAAGACCUCUCACUUAUACACACUUUUAAGAUGCCACAAUUAUAUUAGUCUCUGCCUUUCAUCCAUAACUAUACCAUAAAACUCCCAGUUCUACAAAUUUCAUUUACAAGUGACCUAUAUAGUAAUACCAUUUUGUAUCUUUUAUGCUGUAUUUUUACAAAACCUUUUCUAUUGGUACCAAAGCUUAGUUACAUAAACACAACUGUGUUGCUUUUUCCACAAUAUUCAGAACAGUAGCAAGUUAUGCAACUUACAGCAUAGGGUUAAUAUGCUACGUCAUAUAGUCUCAGAAU